GGCAGCAUCACAAAAGCAGCCGGGACCGCUCGACGCCGGCGCGCAGGAGGCGCCUCGGCACAUCACUCAUCGCAAUUCGGGCGGCUGCCCCCAAAUUUUUCGAGGAAUGGCUCCCGCAAAGUGAUGGAGCCCUUUGCAAAGAGGAAGGCUGCCGCCGACGCGGCGCGCGACGACACCAUGGGCGACCUCGUCGGCUGCCUCUCCGCCUGGCCCGCCACAGAAGCUGCUCCGGAAGUCGUCGACGUCGCGCGCCACGCGCCGCGGACGGCGGCCGCGCGCGCGGCCGACGAGGCCGCGCGGGCGCUCGAGGCCGCCGAGCGGGCGCGCGCCUGGGGCCAGGGCCCGCCCGAAACUGUAAUAGCGCAGCGCCGCCAGCACUCCAUCCAAGCGCGCGCCGCAGCCAAGGCCGCGCUCGUCCACCAGGCCAUCGACGAGCGGCGCGUGACGCUGGAGGGCGCCGACGGUGACACCUUGCACGGCGUCGUGGCCGGGAUCCAGUCGGAGACGGCUUUGGUAUUAGUCCCGGCGCUGGGCGGCACGUCGGACAUGGCGGAGCUGUGCGGCAUCGCGCGACGCGCGGCCGCCGACGGAAUUGCUUCCAUUAGAUACGACCAGCGCGGCACGGGGCAAUCUAGCGGUUCAGCGUCGUUGAUGGAGCCCGACGGCGAGGUCCGGGACUGCGGAGUUGUUGUAAGAUGGGCGCGCGCGCAGCUCGGCGCGUCUCGGGUUUACGUGGUCGGCGUGUCCUUCGGCGCCGCCGUGGCCGCGGCGGCGGCCGGGCGCUUUGAUGAGGUGGAUGGCAUGGUGUGCAUCUCGUAUCCCUGCGACUAUCUCUGGUUUCUUACGCUGCCGCACGCGGCGGGGCGGUGGCGCGGCUACGCUUCAGUUCCAAAGCCGAAGCUGUUCGUCUGGGGCACGCGGGACCAGUACGCCGCCAAGCAUGCUGCUUUAAAGUGGUACGGCACGCUGGCGCCGCCGAAGGACGUCGUCCUCUUCGAGGGCCUCGACCCGAAGCGGGGCCACGUGUUCCACACGGUGUCGCUCGUGGCGGCGCUGAGCGAGCGGGUCGUGGCUUGGGUUUUGAAGAUGGCGUAGGCUUGUAAUUUGUGUUCUAGACGUGCGUAUGCUUUACGCCAUCGCCGCGCAUGGUAUAGAAAACUGUCCCC